AUGACCCAUCUCAACUAUGCCUUUGCGUACAUUGACCCAGCCACAUAUGAACUGGUGACAAUGGACUCCCAGACACCAGAACGGCUCUUCGAGCUUGCUGUGGAGACAAAAAACUACAAUCCGGCAUUAAAGGUCUGGGUUAGUGUUGGUGGCUGGACGUUCUCGGACAACCACACUGCGACACAGCCAGUCUUUGGCGACAUUGCGUCUAGUGCUCAGAAGCGACAGAAGUUUGCUGACAACGUUGCUCGUUUCUUGUCACACUAUGGAUUUGAUGGACUCGAUAUCGACUGGGAGUAUCCUGGAGCACCGGAUCGCGGUGGGAAGGCUGAAGAUACUGAUAACUUCGUGGAACUUAUGACGACGCUUCGCUCCACGUUCAACAAGUAUACGAGAGAGUUAGGUCUCAGUUUUACUAUACCUGCAUCUUACUGGUACCUCCGGUGGUUCGACCUACCGGGUAUGAUGAAAUAUGCAGACUGGACAAAUAUGAUGACUUAUGAUAUUCAUGGUGCCUGGGAUCGGGAUAAUCCCAUCGGAAGUAUAGUCCAGGGGCAUACCAAUUUGACUGAGAUCAAGCAGGCUGCUGAACUCCUGUGGCGCGUCGGGAUCAAGCCCGAAAAAGUAGUCAUGGGGUUUGGCUUCUAUGGGAGAUCCUUCCAGCUUCAAGACCCGUCAUGUACCAACCCUGGAUGCCAAUUUCAUGGAGACGCAACACCUGGCCCGUGCUCGAAAACAAGUGGGAUCUUGAUGUACUACGAGAUCCAGGCCAUUAACUAUGUCGUAUUUGACAAAAACCAGUGGGUUUCGUUUGACGGCGCGGAGGCCUUCAAGCAGAAGCUUGAAUGGGCAAACGAAAUCGGCAUGGGUGGCUCACUAAUCUGGGCGUCUGAUACGGAUGAUGACCAGUACAGUGCCAUGAGUGGGUUUAUGGGGAAAAAGGUCUCUCAUCCAGACCUGGCUCAGAAAGCACUGUCACAAACCCCAUUCACAAUUGUGGAAGAUCUUGUGGGUGAAAAUGGACAAGACUGCAAACUUGGCAAGGAAUGUGUGGAUCCUAAUAUCGUUAAGUGUGGGCGUGGUCAGCGCACACUUGGAUGGGACAAGGCAGGCUGCAAGUCUGGCGGAAAGCUCAUCUGCUGCCCCACGGCAUCCUCGCCUCGAUCCUGCACUUGGCGCGGAGGAACUGGAGACUGCAAUGGACAAUGUCAUCCUGGUGAAGCUACGCUGUUCUGGUCAUCAUGGGGUGGUGGCUUCGAAGCCCAAAGCGACACCACCCGAUGCUCUCGUGGAGCCAAGGUUUUCUGCUGUGAAGCUGGGAACUGGAAGAAAGCCACCGAGGGCUGUUACUGGACCCAUUGGUACGAUCGUUCUCUGAUGUUUUUGGUCAGUCGAGUCACUAAUGCCAAGGUAGCAUAA